AUGGAUGAUUGCCCUUUUAUUACCUUAAAAGGGAUCCUUUCUAUACUGCGUACUUGUGCUGCUUUGAGUUGGAUUUCAGUGUCUGAGAUUCACAUUGCUCAAUCAAGUUCUGGUUUUGAAUGUUUGGCUACUUCUAGCCGAACUUUACAGAAACUAGAGGUUUCCAAUUCGAUUAUCACGGAUGAAUUCCUCUUCAUGGUGGCCAAUGCUUCUCUCCCUCUAAAUACACUUACACUUUGUUGGUGUACAGAUUUCACAUAUUCUGGUAUCUCUAAGUUGUUGUGUGCAUACCAGGCUCUGAAGUAUUUAUCAUUGGUUCAAGUAGAUUUUUUGACUGAUGAGUGUAUGGAUGAUUUAUCCCAAUAUCUACGAUGUCUUGUUACCAUUGAUCUCAGUGGUUGUAUGAGAUUGACCAAUUUGACGUUCUACGCACUUGCAAGAAACUGUCCUUCACUAAAGGAAAUUUAUAUGGAAAAUACUGGUUUUGGGACGAAGCAUUGUUUUCAUGAUGAUGUAAAGAACCCGAGAAUCAGGUCUGUUAAUUUGGCAACUAACCAUUACCUAGAUGAUGACUCUCUCAUGAAUGUUGCUUUGAUGUGCCCCAACAUGGACUUUCUUGAUGUGAUAUCAUGUACUAGCCUUACAGAGGCAGGUAUUAUUGGUGUUCUCGAGGUGUGUAAUCAGAUAAGGGAUUUGCAACUUGAUAACUGUUCAGGGAUUAAACAUAUUGGAAAAGGUGCAGAAUUGCCUAGUCUUGAGGUAAUAAGUGCAGCUGGUUCAGCAUUAAAUGAUGAAGGUCUGGUCAUGAUCGGAAGCAGAUGUUCUCGACUGCUGAAAUUAAACUUGGAGAACUGUAAAGGAGUGACAGCAGAGGGCUUACAUGCAUUGGUGAAGAAUUGUAGAUCAUUGAGAGAGAUAAACUUGAAGAAGUGUCCUCAAGUUAGUAUCAAUUCUCUGAAUAAUUUGGUGUUUUCGUCUUCAUCGCUAAGGAGAGUUAUUCCGCCCUGUUGCUCUGCUUUUACUGAUAGCUUGAGGGGAUUUUACUUGCACCAUGGAUGUCGAGUGUACUCAGGCUAG